GUGAAUGUGCACCAGGGGACAUCGAGGUGACGCACAGGAGAAGUCAGAGAGCGGUGGCCGAGGAGGCUCAGGAGGGCUCGGGAGAUGACACCCCAUUUACCAACAACCGGGCGGGUUCCUGCCAUCUGGCUCCGGCCCCCGGCCCAUGUCUGGGAUCUUUAAAUCGCUAUUUCUACAACUCAUCUUCCAUGGCCUGUGAGACCUUCCAAUAUGGCGGCUGCCUUGGAAACCUCAAUAACUUUGAUACAGAGAGAUAUUGUCUCCAGACCUGCAGGACGGAAGCCGCCUGCCGCUUACCGAUCGUCACCGGCCCCUGCAGAGGCUCUCAUUCCCGCUGGGCAUUUGACGCCGCCGAGGGAAAGUGCAUCACCUUUCAAUAUAGCGGCUGCCAGGGGAACGGCAAUCACUUCUACACAGAGAAGGAAUGCAAGGAGUACUGCGGGGUGCCCACCAAUGAUGAAGAAGAGUUUCUAGACAAUUAAAGGGGCGCUCCGUCUCCUCAAGACUCGUCUGAUAUCACAAAAGUCCAAGUACAGACCUGAUACGGAUAUAUCAAGAGAUCUUAUUGGAGCGGGAAUGCUAUACUGUUAUAGGGGUAAUAUAGUAUAUGGAUAGUAUAGAUACAGAAGAAUUCGGGAUAGGCCUGGGGAUAAAACAUGUAACUUUGUUAUUUUAUUAAACUUAUAACAACAA